AUGCCCGCUCAACGGCUACCCAAAAACGAGAAUUAUAAGCUCCGAAAGCUGAACGCUGCUCGGACAACCCCACCAAAGACUAGGGCCAAAGCUCAAUCUGAUUCAUGUGGCCUCCCUUCGACCGACAGUGUUAGUUCUUCAACCAAUAACAAUGUUAAGUGUUCAAAGUUAGAAUUUACCAAUGAGAUUAAUGAAAGAGAAAGUGAAAUGCCGGUUAAAGGUGCAAAAAAUGUGUCGGCUGUGCCAUUGAAAAGUCUACCGCCAGUUAAUGUGAUUUGUGACCCUAAAAGUUCAGUCCGGCGUGGGAAAAAAAGAACUAAAGAGAGUGGGAAUGAGGCUCGUUCGCAAAGAGAGUUAUGGAAGCACAACUCAAAAAAACUGGCUGCACUUCUGUCCGAGGCUAAAAGCUACUUGGAUGCCUUUGAUGUCAAGUUUUCCAACCCAUCAUACAACUUGCGUAAACGCACGUCGACUGGAGAAAAUAAUGUGCAAGAGAAUUUAGAUGCAAAUCAGACCAAUUCGGAAAAUUAUGAAGAUGAAGUUUGCAUUUUAUCGCAUGAAGAGUGGACCAAGUUGCAAUCGUGCCUCAGUGGGAAGUCUAAUGGUGUCAAAGGAAUGAAAUCUGGGCAACAACGUAAAGAUGAUACUGAUAUUGAACCAACAGUAACUAAAGGCGGAGAAAAAAAUCACGUCCUUGGCUUAACAGAUUCGGAUAAUUGUGCAUCUUUAAAAAGCAAUAACGACCCUAGAUUCUACGACCACAAUCGGAAGGACCUAAUCAAUCUGAGUAUCGUGAAGCAUGAGGAGCCCGAGGGGGUCAAGGUGAUGAAGGCCUUGAGGUUGUUCGAAAAGUACUAUAACAAAUCCGCAAAAGAGCAAAAAACCGCAUAUAACCAUCUCGAAGCCGCUGACCGCUUGAAGAGAGAAGGCAAGUACCUUCUACACGAAAAGCCCUUUGGCCACAUUCCGGGCGUCGAAAUCGGCGACGAGUUCCGGUUUCGGUCACAACUCGCGGUUAUUGGCCUCCAUCGCCAGUUAAUUGGUGGUAUAGAUCACGUGACAGUUGAUGGGAAGAAGUAUGCGGUUAGUGUGGUUGACUCGGGCCGUUACGAUAACACGUCAAAAACACCUGAUGUGUUGGUGUACACGGGCCAAGGCGGGAACCCAAAGAUCGUCGACAACUCGUCUGACCAAAAACUAGAGAGGGGAAAUCUUGCACUGAUGAAUAGCAUGUCGGCGAGGUAUCCCGUUCGGGUCACCCACAAACGGAAGAGCCGGGAGGGACCUUACGUGUACGAAGGGCUUUACACGAUAAACAACGUUUGGCAAGAAAAGGAUAACCGGACGAGCAAUCUUGUGUUCAAGUUUGAACUGCACCGGAUGCCCGAGCAGCUCUCAUCGGAAAAAGUCGAGAGGCGCGUCUGCAUAUCAAAUGAUAUUUCCCUCGGAAAGGAGAAAAUGCCGAUACGUGUGGUGAACGAGGUCGAUGAUCAGGAGCCACCGACGUUCGUUUACAUCACGCGCAUGGUUUAUCCCGAAUGGUAUGAGCGAAUCGAGCCGUCUGGUUGUGCUUGCUUGAACGGAUGCUCGGAUUCCCGUCCGUGCCCAUGUGUCGUGAAAAAUGGGGGAGAGAUCCCUUACAAUGAGAAAGGAGCAAUUUUGCGGAGAAAAGCCCGUAUUUACGAAUGUGGGCCCUUGUGCGGGUGCCCGCCCGCCUGCAUGAAUCGGGUGGGUCAGCAAAAGCUAAGGUAUGAGCUGGAGAUUUUCAAAACCGAGCGCCGGGGUUGGGGAGUGAGGUCGCGUGAGCUCAUCCCAUCGGGAGGUUUCGUGUGCGAGUAUUUGGGUGAGCUCUUGCGGGACAAAGAUGCAGAUUUGAGAGUGGGGCAUGACGAGUAUCUAUUUGACAUAUAUAAUAGCCGUGGUAGGCGUGUUGAUGGGUAUGCUAUAGAUGGGGCGGUUUAUGGGAAUGUGGGGAGGUUCAUUAACCAUAGCUGCUCGCCUAAUGUGUAUGCCCAGGACGUUUGUUAUGACCACACGGAUAAGAGGAUACCACACAUUAUGUUUUUCGCAACUAGGGAUAUCCCGCCAUGGGAGGAGCUUGCUUAUGACUAUAACUAUAAGCCGGACACGGUUCGGGACGCGAAUGGGAAUAUUAAGACCAAGGACUGCUUCUGUGGUUCUCGCCAGUGCAGAGGGAGGUUGUACUAG